AUGGCGCUCGGCGUAAAGGAGAGCGUGAGCGGAAAGCUGUACCGGCUCACCAGCGACGGGGCCGAGCAGCGCGUGUGCGGCGGCAAGGGCGCCGUGUACCAGAGCGGGCCCAAAGUCGCGCUGCGCUGCUGCGGCAAGACGAGUCUCGUGGUCACGCGGCAGACAAAGCAGAGCGUCUUGCGCCAGGGCGACGUGCUGCUCGUGGGGCGGGGCGACGCCUUCUACGCCAACGGAACGCUCACCAAGUACGAAGUCGUGGACACUGACGCGAAGCCGCCGAGCGCUGCGCUGCACGUGCGGCCCACGCGCGUCCCGAGUAUCACAAUGAGCUCCUCAAGCCGACUGACGCGCGUCGGAGAGGCCGUUGCACCGGGUGCGAGACGCGUGUCGUCGUUCUUUGCGCGGCCUCAAAGUGGCGGAGCAGUAAAUGCCGUGACGAGAGGCCAACGAGGGACGAGUGACGCGGACGCGGACGGUGUGAGGACAGUGGGCAGUACAGCGGGAGGUGUUGAAGACGAGGAGGAGGACGAGGAAGUGGCGCCAGUGCUUCGACGAAGAGAGAAACGCACUCGAGCGAUUGUCGAGUCAGAGGACGACGACGACGAGGAGGAGGAGGAGGCGGUGGACGAGGCGAACCGGAUGAGGGCAUUGACGGUGGACUCGGACGUGUCGCUGCUUCACGAAACCGACGACGUGUUUGAGAAAGAGCUCGAGCGCUCGACGUCAGCUGCGAAGGACUGGAUGGCGGCGUUCGGACGCAACUCGGUGAAGAGGCACAAGAGCGGGAGCGCGAGUGUUCGCUCGGACGAGUGGCGGGGUCGGAGAGAUGGCAGCAAGAGCAUGACGAAAGCCAAGUCGAGCACAUUGAGGAGGUUUGCGGUCGAGGAGAGGAACGAUGACGACGACUUGGAUGAAGACGAGCAUCACUCUCGUUCGCAUGAUGAAGUCGGGCAACUGCUGGUAGAGUGUGAAGGGAUCGCCAGGGAAUUGCGCCAGUCAGUGCGAAACUGGUCGGGCAAUGCGACGAAGUCGGUGUCGACGAGUCCGUCGACUUCGCCGGUGGACGCGACGGACGAAGAGGAGGCAGGACACAUGUCGCUGGCAUCCAUCAACGGCGGGGAUCGACGUGUGGUCACACAGGCGGAUAUUCCGGAUAUUUGUGAGACGCUCGAGCUGAAGCCGUACCAAGUAGUUGGAGUCAACUGGUUGCUGCUGCUCCAUGAAAACAAGGUAUCCGGCGUAUUGGCAGACGAAAUGGGACUCGGCAAAACCGUGCAAACGAUUUCGUUUUUGCUGCUCCUCAAAUCGCUGGAGCAGUCCGAUGACCGUGCCGUGGGGCCUCACCUGGUCGUUGUGCCCGCAAGUGUGCUAAAUAACUGGACGCGCGAGUUUGCGUGGAUCGCGCCAAAGCUACGCAUCGUCAUGUACCACGGAUCGAAGGACCACCGUCGUUAUCUCGAGGGCACGCUCGAGAGCAACGGGUUCGACGUCAUGCUUACGACGUACACAUACUUUGAGCGCGAUACGUGCCAAGAAGAGCGCGCGUUCUUACGAAGCUUUCAGUUUGGAUACAUGAUUCUGGACGAAGGCCACAGCAUCAAAAACUCAAACACGUCGCGGUUCAAGCGCAUCACAGCACUGCGUGCACGAACCCGGUUAGUCCUCAGCGGCACUCCGAUUCAAAACAAGCUGACUGAACUGCUGACGAUGCUGAGCUUUCUCAUGCCACGAAUGUUUGACCACGGCUCCGAUGAGUUAUUGACUUUUUUCGACGGAAGCGAAGAAAAGAAGUGCGACAAAGUGCGUAAGAUAUUGGCGCCAUUCAUUUUGCGGCGAGAAAAGAAAUACGUGUUGAGUCAGCUCGUGCCGAAGACCAUCUCCGUGGAGCUCGUCAAGGUGGGCGAGGACCAACGGACCGCCUACACUAGCUUGCUUGAUUCCGUCAUUCGGCGAAGAGAAGCCCAAGCUGCUAUAAAAGCUGCAGCGAAGGAAAGCAAGCGAAAUAAGAGCAAGGACUGUAAAGCGAAUCGUCAUUUGCGGGAAUUGACGGACACGUACGCCGCAGUGCCUGGGAGUGAGCCGAGCGCCAUUUCCAUCUUUACGCAGUUGCGCAAGGCCGCAAACCACCCCGUUUUGCUGCGCAGACACUUUGUUUCUGACGAAGUGCUGGAGGUCAUGUGUCGAUGUUUGCAUCGAGCAGAGGCGUUCGGCAACCAAUGCUCCUCGAGCAGAGUCCGCCAGGAGCUCGAGUCGUACAGUGACUUUGAACUGCACGACCUCUGUGUGCAGUACGAGUCGAUCGAUGAGCUACGACAGCUGCAAUUGCCUAUGGAGACACUGCUGGCGUCUGCCAAAUUCGAUUUUCUGCGCCAGUUACUUCCCAAGCUUGAGAAAGAAGGCCAUCGCGUCUUGAUCUUCUCGCAAUGGACCAAGUUGCUGGAUCUGCUGGAAGUGCUGAUGAGCCAUAUGAGCUAUCGCUACCUGCGACUCGAUGGGUCCACCGAUGUCCAAGAAAGACAGGGUCUGAUCGAUACGUACAACGAAGACAAGAGUAUCUUUGUCUUCUUGUUGUCCACGCGUGCAGGUGGACUUGGCAUCAACCUCACUGCAGCGGAUACGGUCAUUUUGCACGACCUGGACUUCAACCCGACGGCUGACGAACAAGCAUGCGACCGGUGUCACCGCAUUGGACAGACCAAGCCCGUGUCAAUCUACAAACUUGUGUCCGAGAACACUGUUGACCACGACAUUUACAAGCUCGGCGAGUCCAAAACAGAGCUCAACCACAAGAUUCUAGACAAGCUCAACGCGCACAGCGACGGAGAAAAGCGCAAGAAGUCGGACACCGUCACGGUCGAAAUGAUGCUGGCGUCCGUCAUCUCCGACUACAAAAGCACUCUCGUUGACGGUGGGCAGCAGUAA